AUGUCGGGAGAAGCCCAGCUCCCACCCCCGCCGAGGGCUCCUCCACCACCCGAACCCGACCCCAUGGCAGCCAUGAAGCUUACCAGGGGCACCUCGUGUGUGUUGUGCCAGCAAAGAAAGGUGCGCUGCGACAAGAACAAGCCGUGUGCCAACUGCGUUAAGGCCAGGGUAGAGUGCCGGGUGAUACCCCCGCAACCACCAAGACGGCGGAAGAAGCGUCUCCAGGAGCGGGAUCUCGUUGACCGACUCAAAAAGUACGAGAACCUUUUGGCCGAGAAUGGCGUCAAAUUCGAUCCCAUCGCCGCGAACAUCAAGUCUUUGGACAGGAACUCGAUCCACAUGGACGACGAUAAUCAAAUCGACGACGAUGCCGACCUGGCAAACGACUUUGAAGGACUGAAGACCUCCCCCGAGGGAAGCACAUCCCCUUCUGUGGCAGGGAGCCGAAGAUCGCAGUCCGAUAAGGCCAGCGAGGAACUGCUCAGGGAUUCGUCGGAAGACGAGGUUGAUGGUUCAACGAUACACCAUGCCUUUGACAAGAUGUACGACAACCAAGAUGGUUUCCCGUUCAUUGUAGGCAGUCGGAAUGCCUCUGUAACGCACCUCCACCCGCCACCCAUCCAAAUCUUCCAACUCUGGCAGAUCUACAUUAACAAUGUCAACCCCCUCCUGAAAAUUACACAUGUGCCUACAGUCCAGGGUCUUAUCAUCGAGGCGAGCGCCAACCUCGAAAAGGUCCCCAAGAGCGUUGAAUCGCUCAUGUUUGCCAUAUACCUUAUGGCAGUCACCUCACUAGAGGAUGCAGAGGUUGCAAAGAUGUUUAACGAACCCAAGCCCACCGUCCUGUCCACUUUCCACACUGGGCUUCAGCAAGCCCUCGUCAAUGCCGGUUUCAUGCGCACCAGCGACACGAUGGUUCUCCAGGCCUACAUGCUCUAUCUGAUUGGGGUUCGCAUGUUCGUUGACCCGCGGCAGAUAUUCUGUCUUGUCGGGAUCGCCGUGAGAAUAGGCCAGCGAAUGGGCCUUCAUCGGGACGCUGCAGCGUUUGGCCUGUCGCCGUACGAGGUCGAGCAGAGGCGGCGGCUGUGGUGGACGAUCGUAGGCUACGACCGCCGGAUAGGAGAGAUGACGGGCUCGACUGUGACAGCAUUGUCUACUGCCGGGGACUGCAAGCUGCCCCUGAACAUCAACGAUACAGACCUUCACGUCAACGGCAAAGACGCCCCGACCCCGCACCAGGGCGUGACCGAGAUGCUAUUCGUCCUCAUCCGGACGGAGCUUGCGAUGGCCAUCAGCAUUGACACCAUGCGUGACCCCCAAAGACACGGCGACAAGGACGGCGUCCCCGGGUCUGCCGCCGCGCCGCGACCGGUUCCGACUGUCCGCAUGGCUGGCCAGGACCAAUCUUACACACUCGAUGGAUUCUUCGCGCACAUCGAGGGCACAUACCUGAAGUGGUGUGAUCCCAAGAUCCCGCUACACUUCUUCACCCUCACCAUGACGCGGCAGGCCCUGUGCAAGAUGCGCGUGAUCUCGUUUCUCGUGCGUAUGGGUAAUGGCGAGGCAACUACGCUGGCGGACCACGAGCGCGACACGCUCUUUCUCGAGGCCAUCCAGAUGAUCGAGUACGACAAUGUCGUCCAGGCCGCCGACAGUCUGCAGGGCUACAAAUGGUAUACCUACCUGCACUUUCCGUUCCCGGCGUACAUGUUUCUGGUGACGGAGCUACGCCACCGGCUGACGGGACCCAUGGUUGAGCGCGCGUGGGAUGCCAUCGCCGAGAACCACGACCGACGCGGUCUCAUGAGCACGCUGCACAGCCCCAUGCACAUCGCGUUCGGCAACCUCUUUAUCAAAGCCUGGGACGCCCAUGAAGCCGGGCAGCAACAAAUCGGCAAACCGGUGCAGGAGCCCAUGUGGAUCACGCGGCUCCGGCAGCGGGCGGAGAAGAUGGGGAAGAAGCAGCGCAGCGGCCAACCCGGGCCGGAGAUGGGUGUCGGCAUCCCGCAGCCGGCGGCACGGGUUGCGCCGGUAAGCGGGACCUCGCAGCUUGGGUCCAUGCAGCUGCCACAGAAUAUGAUGAUGACGCCGCCGUCUGUGAGUGCGGAAACGCCAGCGAUGCACGGCCCGCCGGCGCCCGACAAUGAUGUCGUGGACAUGGACUGGAGCUACCUGAUGCAGGGAUACGAUAUGGAUACAUAUGCCGCGUUCGGAGGGGGGUUUGGGGGCUUCCCAAUGAACAGUAAUAGCAUGGGAGGGUCGAGCAUGAUGGGCAACCCGGACGGAAGCAUGUUUGGCAACUGA